AUGCGUGAAAUCGUUCAUAUUCAAGCUGGACAAUGCGGCAAUCAAAUUGGCGCUAAAUUUUGGGAAGUUAUUUCGGACGAACAUGGAAUUGAUCCAACUGGUACAUAUCAUGGUGAUUCUGAUCUUCAACUUGAACGUAUCAACGUCUACUACAAUGAAGCAGCUGGUGGCAAAUAUGUUCCUCGUGCUGUUCUUGUUGAUCUUGAACCAGGCACAAUGGAUUCAGUUCGUAGUGGCCCAUUUGGUCAACUCUUUCGACCUGAUAAUUUUGUCUUCGGUCAAUCUGGUGCUGGUAACAAUUGGGCAAAAGGUCACUAUACAGAAGGUGCUGAAUUAGUCGAUUCAGUCUUGGAUGUUGUUCGAAAAGAA